AUGACCUUGGACUAUUAUUUGCAAAGAAAUGUCUCCAGGCCUGGACCUCGGUUUCGCCGGCCUAGCAACGACGUAAUACAGCUGCUAAGUUUGUAUCCUUGGCGCAAGAGGAUCAGCGUCAAUACAUCAUACUUCCCAGCAUCUGACCGUGGACUUGGUACAUUCUCAGACGUCGACAUCAUCAGCACCAGGUUACAAAUCGUCAAAGAGACAAUUCAAGUCAAUGCCUCAACCAAUGAUCUGCUGAAACGGUUGCGCUAUAACUCCUCUUUUUGUCCUGGCCCAUCUAUCGACGCCUCAACCUCUUAUCCCAUUCCUGCGCUUAUCACACCUUUUGACUUGUUUAUAUUCCAGCUCUUAAGAGGUAUGGCGUCAUCACAGCUGCCAUGUGAGAUGUUUGUCUUGCCGACGCAUCCCUCUCGAUUUGCUGAUCCGACUGAAGCCUCCAUUCCGGAUCUGCCGCAUGGACCUCACUCGGAUCCAGUCCCACUGUACCAUUUACUCCAGACGAUAAUCCUCAAGCCCUUAGAAACAGACAUUGUCUUCACGGGUCGUGUCCUUGAGCAAACUGUGAACACCUUCCUCUGGUCCUGGUCAUAUGCUGCAUUUCAAGCGCAUUUCUGGUACAUUUCUGAAAUGGUUGUAGGUGAUCGCUAG